AUGGGCCCUCGCAGCAUAAACCGGACGGCGUCCCCAAUGCCCCCACCCGUCGUUCUCACCUCAGACGCCACCACCCUCGUUCCCCGACGCCCUGCUCCUUCUCGGCCUUCUCUCUCCCUCUCUCCCCCUUCCAACCAGUCUGAGCAGCCGCGAUCCGUAACCCCCACCCCAAGCCUCUCUAUUCCUCGCCCCAAGCUUGCCCUCCCUAAGAUCAAGCUCGAGAUCAAUGCAACUCCCGGCGGUGGCCCUCUUUUUGAGAGUUAUGCUGGCGGCCCUGGUGGCCCCGCCCUUCAGCCAGAUGCGCAUCCAGAGGACAAGACAGUCCGUCCGGAGUCUAUGACAGUGAUACCGGCCCAGCGCCAAGCAGAAACCUUCGAUAACCUGCGCGAUCUUGUCACUGAGCUGGAGGCAAUUCGCACUGGACUCCCAUCUUCUGCACCAACACCGGCGUCGAUCGUGCCAGAAGAGUUCUCUGAUGCCAUCUUUGAGGAACUUGGCCGACUUGGGGAGGGCGCCGGUGGUGCCGUUCACAAAGUGAGGCAUAAGCCGUCAGGCGUGAUCAUGGCCCGUAAGACCAUUACUACGUUGGAGGCACCCAGAAAACAGCUCGAGCGAGAGCUGUCUAUUGCAGCGACGGCCAAGCACGUCAAUAUUAUCCAGUGGUAUGGCGCAUAUAUGUCACCAUCAUCUAGUGAAGUCAAGAUCCUCCUGGAAUAUGGUGAAGGCGGGAGUUUAGAGGCUGUUGGCAAGCGUAUCAAAGAGCGAGGGGCAAUCGUUGGAGAGAAGAUCGUCGGUAGAUUGGCUGAAGGAAUCAUGCAAGGCCUGGCAUAUCUUCACACAAAAAAGAUUAUUCACCGCGACAUCAAGCCAUCGAACAUUCUCUUGUCCAGGGAGGGAGUCGUCAAACUCUGUGAUUUUGGUGUAUCCGGUGAACUCGUCAAUUCGCUGGCUGGUACAUUCACUGGAACUAGUUUCUACAUGGCGCCCGAACGAAUCUGCGGGCACGAAUACACCAUUCGCUCGGAUGUCUGGUCCACGGGAAUUUCUCUCCUCGAACUCGUCCAAAACCGAUUCCCCUUCCCUCCUGAUCUUCCACCAAUCGAAUUAAUGAUGUACAUCACCACAGGAGAGCCACCCCGACUCGAAGAUGAACCCGGUGUGCAGUGGAGCGAUGAAAUGAAAGAUUUCAUCAAGUUGACCCUUACUGUAGAUGCUACGACACGUCCCACGCCGAGAGAUAUGCUUGAUCAUCCAUGGAUCAUCAACAUCAUGAAGCACGACUACAACAUGAGCAGAUGGAUUCGACAAGUUUGGGGGUGGCCAAAAUCAAGUCGACGGUCAAGGGAUGAGUCCAGCCUUUCCAGGCCCGGCACCAGCAAUGGCGAACCCAGAUAA